AUGUAUAAUAACAAUUCAUUUUUCUAGAAUGAUAUAAGUUAACAAUAAAUUGAUUAGGCACUUUUGAGAUUGAAUGCUUUAUUAAAGGAGGAACCUCCAAAAAUAGAAAAAUAAAAGUUUAAAAAACCUAUCCUUAAUAAUUAAGAAGAUGCAUCAAUUAUAGUUACAUCAUAAGCUAAUUAUACAUCUUAAACUAAAAUGACAUCUGAAUAGAUUAAUCAUUUUGUUGAAAGAAUGAAUGAUAAAUAUAAGCAGUAAAUAGUAUUUUAAAGUCAUUCAUAGAACUUAGAAUAAAAUUAUUGAGUAGAGAAAAGAUUAAAUAUAUUCACCUAUUAAAGUAAAUGAAAAGAGUUAAUCAAUUCUAAAAUAAAAAAUUCAAAAUGGUGAAUAUUAAUCAUUAUAUGAAAGAUCUAAAAUCAGACAAAUUGAAAAAUAAGAAAAAAUUAAAGAAAAUGAAAAAUAAAAAAUAUUAGAAGAAAUGAUGAGUAUUAAAAUAAAAUAAAGUGAAUCAAAAUCAGUAGAUAAUUUUAUAUAAAAAAUGGAUUAUUGGAAAGAAAAGAGAACAUAAAAUAUAUAAAAUUAAUAAUAAGAAAAAAUAGAAAAGGAAUUAGAAGGAGUUACAUUUAAACCUAAUCUAAAUCCAUUAUCUGCAAAGAUUAUCAAAAAAUAAAAUAGAGAUAAUGAUGUAUUAGAAAGAUUUUAAAAGUCAAUUCUAAAUAAAUAGAUGAAUGAAUAAAAAUUAUUAAUGGAUGAAUUAAAAAAAACACCAUUUACACCAAAAUUAAAUAAGAAUUCAGUUCUAAUAAAUAAUUAGGUUUAAAAAUAAUAAUUAAAAAAUCAUAACUAUUUUAUAAAGUAAUAAACAGUCAAAUAAUAAAAAGAUUCAAUUAUAAUUAAUAGUACCAAUCAAAAAUAAAUAUCAAAGGAAACUUAUUAUUCUAAAUAAUCUAAAUCCUUAACUCCUGAUCAUUUUAAUUCUAAAUAUUCCACCAAAAAAAUUAAAGAUGAUAAUUAAAUAAGAUAGAGAUCCACAACUCCUUUGAAAUAAAACAAAAUCAUUCCUAAUGUAUAAGAAAUAAAAUAUAAUCCAAAUCUUAAGUUUUUAAUGACAUUAGCUUAAAAAGAAUUGAAUUAUUCAUCCUUAUUUUGA